GACGCCUCCGGCUCGGCCACGUGGCCCCGGCCGCGGAGCCCUUUAAAUCCCCUCCUUCUACUCGACCCUCUCGGCACUCGAUUGGCUGAGUCCGCCUGUAAAAAGGGACGAGCUUCGACCUCCAGUCUCUGAAAGCAACUGCCCGGGCUGAACCCGGAUCGACGCAGGCGCACGGCCAACUCUGCCAAAAGGCUAAGCUAGAGCAAGGUCUGGCAGCGUCCCGAUUGGACGGCCCUGCGGAGCAUCGGGGCCAAUGAAAGGGCGGGAUUGGGAGGGCGUAACCGGGAAGGCCGUUGCCAAGGACGACCUUAAGGGGCGGGAACUUGUUUGGGCGGAAAUGGGGCGGGGUCAAGGCCGGAUGCAGGAAGCAGACUGCGGGACGCAGGACGCGGCGGCGGCGGCUCCCUGUUCCCUGCCCUGGUCUCCCUCCAGUUCAGAGACGCGAUGGAGAAGCUGCGGCUCCUGGGCCUGCGCUACCAGGAGUACGUGACCCGCCACCCGGCCGCCACGGCCCAGCUGGAGACGGCGGUGCGCGGCCUCAGUUACCUGCUGGCAGGCCGAUUCGCCGACUCCCACGAGCUGUCAGAACUGGUGUACUCCGCCUCCAACCUGCUGGUGCUCCUGAACGACGGCAUCCUGCGCAAGGAGCUAAGGCAGAGCCUGCCCGUGUCGCUGUCCCAGCAGAAGCUGCUGACAUGGCUGAGUGUGCUCGAGUGCGUGGAGGUGUUCAUGGAGAUGGGGGCCGCCAAGGUGUGGGGGGAAGUGGGCCGCUGGCUCGUCAUCGUCCUCAUCCAGCUGGCCAAGGCCGUGCUGCGCAUCCUGCUGCUGCUCUGGUACAAGGCUGGCCUCCAGACCUCCCCCCCCAUCGUGCCACUCGAUCGGGAAGCGCAGCUGCAGCCCCAAGGUGGUGAGCACAGUGUGGGCAGCCAGGACCGGCCCUACGUGGGGAAGCGGUCCAACCGUGUGGUGCGGUCCCUGCAGAGCACGCCAUCCUUGCACUCGAGGCACUGGGGAGCCCCUCAGCAGCAGGAGGGGCAGCCACACCACCGAGCGGAGGAGCUGGAGGCCGGCCCCACGCCCCUGGGGUUGCAGGAGACCAUUGCUGAGUCGGUGUACAUUGCCCGGCCCUUGGUGCACCUGCUGAGCUUGGGCCUGUGGGGUCAGCGGUCGUGGAAGCCUUGGCUCCUCUCUGCCAUCUUGGAUGUGACCAGCCUAAGUCUGCUGAGUGACAAAAAAGGGCUGACUCGGCGGGAGCGACUGGAGCUCCGGCGGCGGACCAUCCUGCUGCUCUACUACCUGCUGCGCUCCCCCUUCUACGACCGUUUCUCUGAGGACAGGAUCCUCUUCCUGCUGCGGCUGCUGGCCGAUUACAUUCCUGGUGUUGGUCUGGUCAUCCGGCCACUGAUGGACUACUUGCCUGCAUGGCAGAAAAUUUACUUCUACAAUUGGGGCUGACGGGCAAUCCAGGGCUGAGGAGGAAGGUUGCUGAGAGGGUGGGGGAUGUGGGGGGCAGGCUCUGAUGCAGGAUCAGGCAGCCCAGCCCUUCAGCCCUUCAGCGCCUCUGUCCUCUAAUAAAACUGGCCCCGGUGAUGCUCCUAAGCGUGUCCCCUCUGUGCCCCCUAUUGGGGAGCCCUGAAACCCACACCCAGCCAGCCUUCUGGGGAGCUGGAGCCUCUAAAGUCGCUGCAGCUCCAUAAGGACCACCAACUCUACUCAGCACACCCCCUGAGCCUGCCCUUCCACCCCGCAGUGCCGCCUCUUAAUGAACCUCCUGGGAAGGAAGCUCCAUCAUGUGCAGUCGUCUCUGUUAAAAAAACAGGAAGCUUCUAAUCCCUGGGAAGUAGAACUGGUCACCUUCCAGCCUUGGGACCAGCCACCUCUGGUCAGGGUUUGCCACUGAAGGUAAAAAGGGAGAACCUCGGUAGAGCUGGGAUGUGGUCAGGGGGAGUCCUUAGGGGUCUCCCCUCGUCAGGUCUUUAAUCUUUGCUCCCCAGCUCAGAAAUAAGAUUUCACUUUCAUAAUGAACACUUUGACUAAAAUUGCUAAUUGUUGUCAGUGGCUCGGAUGGAAGCGUAUAUGGGAAGCUUACCUCAUUUGCAGAUGACAAAACUGGGGAGAAUGGCUAACCUGCUUAUGAGUCAGGAUCUGGGGGGUCUCAGAAGCUUGCAUGAACUCUAAGGUGACGACCUUAAUGAGUUUAAGCAGUUCUGACCCUUGAGUCAGUGCCACAGAUGCACUCACCUCAGAUCAUUUAGUAGGCUUUGGAGUCAUGAGCCUGGAGUGGGAAAAGGCCAUCUGGGCUAGCGGGAGGGCUUCCAUUCUCCCAGGGCACUACCCUGAUUAGGGGAAAGCUCCCCCGGCUGGAGCAGCCGCCAACGAGCAGCUGGGCCAAGGGCAAGCAGGGGAUCCCUUCAGGUUCUGUCUCCUGUUGACAUUGGUGGGGGAAAUGGAAGGGUUUGGCAUAAAGAGGGUGUGUUCAACCUUUGCCUUGGAGUUUGGCUUAGAAAGGGAAGAGAUUGGGAUGCGUGGAGAUUCUUUGGGGUUUGUUAGGGUAGUCCAGACACGAGCUGGGGGGCCUAAACCCCCCCCUCUCCCAGCAGUGGUGUGUGAGGUGUGAGUAUAAGGGCAUCGCUGCACGAUACGGAGAUCAGAUGGACAAGACCGAGCCCCUGAUUGGAGUUGGGAAAGUAGAGCCCGCCUUUGAGGCUGUGAAGCCUGGAGACUGCAGGGUAGACCUCCCUCCAUGGAAACGGGGAAGGAACCCAGGAGUUAAGAAUGUUCUGUUUGGGAUGUGAUUGGAGAUGUCUCUGUGUUACUCAGGAUAUGAAUAAUGGGCAGUUAAGAGCAGUAUGGGGUUAAAUUGAAAGGUUGGCUGUAGCAUUGGGAUAUACUGUGGGAUACCCAGGGAGUUGCUGAGAUCUUUAAGGCUGAGAGUAUAGUGAGGAAAGGGCCCAAGGCAGCCCUAGGGGCUAAAAGAGACCCAAGACCUAUGAUGUUGAAGCUAGACUGAAGCGUGAUCAGAUGUACAGAGCCAAGAGAGAGCGGCAGGACCGAGCAGAGAGUGCCUGGGAAUACAGCAGCAGUGACCCAGAAAGGCCUGGAGAUCUUGGGUAGCUUCAAGGAGCAGUUCUGGUAUCUGGAAGCAGUCAUCAAAGGGUUGGGGAAUGAGUGGUUGCAAAGGUACAAGAGACUCUUAGUAGAUUCUAGAAUUAAAUGAUACUCUCAAGAAAUCUGGCUAUGAAAGGGAGGAGAGAAGUCACCUAGGAUUUGUUCAGUGCCGAGUACUCUGCUAAGGAAAAGGGGGGGCUGACCGGUGAGACAGGCCCUAGAGGAGCAGGGAAAGGAUCCCACUGAAGGAACAAAGCAAUGGGACCUUGAUUAGUCCCGGAGUGCCCUGUGGAGAGUGUAGCCAGAGGGGGGGGCAGGAGGCCUGGAGGCCUUUCUCCAACUUUUUGCCAGGUCCCACAGCAUUGAGUAUAGGGGACAUGUUUUGUUCAGGUAAGUUCCAGAGAGGCAGCAGGGCACAGCUGGUCCUGCCCACUUGGGUCUCUUCUCCAUGUGAUAGGGGAAAUCAGAAAUAACUGAAGAAACGUGAGCUUUUGACCAUAUCGAUAUGUUAAGCAACGUGCCGAUUGCAUAACAAAUCGGGAUCGGGCCUUGACCCCAAAUGAAGGAGGAGACAUUUAUUUUCAUUAAAAGAAAAGAAGCUAGAAAUCAGGAUACAAGGUAAACAUUUUUAAUGGGAGGAAUGAUUAGGGGGUUUCCACGUUGGGAGGGGGUGAACAGGGUCCAAUUCCCUGAAAUCAGAUAAAGCCAUCCCACUUCCCUGCCUCCCAAGCAUCCGCGAACAAAGGAGCCCGGAAACAGUGAUGAACCAGCGCGAAGCUGGAUUUCAGGGAAGACACGGGUUGCUCGAGAUGUCCAGUUGUGAGAAAAGUCCUGGUGCGGAUCUUUGGAUCGAUGGCAGGGGUCCUGAGCUGGGAGUGUGAGCAGGUGGAGGGGGUCCAGCUUUCUUGCCAUGAAGGGCAGGCUCAAACAGUGCAAUAAAGGUUUCUCGUCCAGCUUUCCCAAGGAGCGCCUGGUCAACCUCUGCUUGAACUCAUCCAGUGCUGGGGAACUCGCUCCUCAUCUCUGUGUGGAAGUCCUUUUCAAAUAGAGUCUUAUCAGGUCUGGAGUCAAGACCCGAGUUUAAAUCCAGCCCAGCCGUGUGACCUCAGCUAAGCCACCUUCUUUCUGUCUGCCUCAGUUUCCUCAUGUGUGAAAAGGAGAUAAUUAUCCCCUGGUUCCCAGGGUGGUUGUUGGGACCAAAGGAGGUCAUUGUGAAUGGCUUAGCUCUGCCUGGCACAUCCUGGGCCCUCUAUUAAUGUUGGCUGUUACGGGUUUCCUUUGAGUUCGCUAGGAUAGGGCUGUUUGCACCGUCUGCCCUGAGUGUUUUUCACUUUGUCCCUUCACGCGAGUCCU